UCUCUCUCUCUCUCUCUCUCUCUGCAGCACCCAACAGAUCUUCAAAUCUCUCUCUCUCUCUCUCUACACAUACACAUGAUUCAGUGGUUACAUCGAUUGCUGAGUUGCACAUGAGAGUGACACAGUAGUGAAAUGACCUCUGAGAACUAGGGCUUCUUCUUUUUUUAUCCAGUAGUUAUGGCGACCACGCACAGCUGGAGGGACUCCUACAAGGGCAUGUCCUCCGACAAUAUUAAGGGCUUGGUCUUGGCCUUGUCUUCUAGCGUCUUCAUCGGUGCGAGCUUCAUUGUUAAGAAAAAGGGCCUCAAGAAGGCCGGUGCUUCUGGGAUUAGGGCAGGUGUUGGAGGUUUCUCAUACCUAUAUGAGCCGCUAUGGUGGGUGGGCAUGAUAACAAUGAUUGUUGGAGAAAUUGCUAAUUUUGCAGCUUACGCAUUUGCACCAGCUAUUCUGGUUACUCCUCUUGGUGCGCUCAGCAUUAUUAUCAGUGCGGUACUUGCUCAUAUCAUUUUAAAGGAGAAGUUACAUAUUUUUGGGAUUCUUGGUUGUGCUCUCUGUGUCGUGGGUUCUAUCACAAUUGUCCUACAUGCUCCUCCAGAACGUGGGAUUGAAUCUGUGAAGGAAGUGUGGGAUCUUGCUACUGAGCCAGGUUUUCUCCUUUAUGCGGCUCUGGUGGUAACAGCUGUCUUUGUACUUAUAUUUCACUAUAUCCCACAAUAUGGUCAGACACAUAUAAUGGUCUACAUUGGAGUUUGUUCUCUAGUUGGUUCUUUGUCGGUCAUGAGUGUCAAAGCACUAGGAAUUGCCUUGAAGCUAACAUUAUCAGGAACGAACCAACUCAUAUAUCCCCAAACAUGGGCUUUCACUAUUGUAGUCAUUACUUGUAUACUUACCCAAAUGAAUUAUUUAAAUAAGGCCCUUGACACGUUCAACACAGCUGUUGUAUCUCCAAUAUACUAUGUUAUGUUUACAUCUCUAACCAUUUUGGCUAGUGUGAUCAUGUUUAAGGAUUGGGAUAGGCAGAAUCCAGCCCAGAUUGUAACGGAAAUGUGUGGGUUUGUGACAAUCCUGUCAGGGACCUUUCUUCUUCACAAAACGAAGGACAUGGUUGAUGGUAAUGGUUUGUGCACAUCUUCAUCCAUGCGACUUCCCAAGCACAUGGAUGAGGAGGAUGGUUACGAACAGGAAGGCAUUCCUCUCAAGCAUCAGGACUCAUUGAGAUUGCCGUAACACAUUCUCACUCUUCCCU